CUCUCACACCGAAUUUGCCUUUCUGCGGCAAUGGCAUCAUCGACAAGGAUGAGGACUGUGACAGCGGUGGGAUGGGGCUCAGCGGGCUGGACUCGUGUUGCUCUGCCAGCUGCAAGCUCAUAGGAAAUGCCACCUGCAGUCCUGUCAACUAUGAAUGCUGUAAAGAUUGCCAGAUGGCCCCGGCGAACACUCUUUGUAGAGGAUCCAGCAGAGAGUUAUGCCAGGAAGCAGCUGUUUGCACUGGCCUCAGCCUGUAUUGUCCAUCCUCCAGUCCCUUGGCAGACAAUACCCCCUGCAUUGAUGAAGGUAAAUGUUUUGGUGGCCAUUGCCUUGACUACUGUGCCUAUGCAGGAAGACUGACCAACAAAAUAUUGAGACCCUGUCGUUGUGAAGAUUUUGCCAGCUCCUGCUUACGCUGCUGUAGGUCCCUGACAGAACCAUGCAAACCAUUGAACAGUUCCAGCUCUGAGAGCAACUUACAGGACGGCAGACCUUGCCUGUAUGGAUACUGUGAAGCUGGAAAGUGCCAGAAGGCCAGUGCUAACAUGAUUCAGAGGCUUUUCAGCUUUAUAGAGCACUUGGAUGCUAGUACAUUUGUGGCCUUCAUGAAAAGUAACAUUGUGGGAACUGUGAUGGUUUUCUCUCUGGUUGUGUGGCUACCAUUAAGCUGCACCAUCAGCUACCUUGAUAAACGUAAUGAGAGGAAAGCCAAGCAGCAGGAGCAACUGUUGUUGGCUAAAGAAGCAGCGCCGGGCCAGCCACUCAAGACUGAAGUCCUUGCCAAACCUCUCAAAGAUUAUACGGUGAAGACUUCCAGAUUUCGCUACACAACCAGACCCAAUUACCUGGCAUAUGAAGAACCUGGAGCUGCCUCACUAUAUCCUCUUCAGGAAGAGACACUAGAAGCUGAAAGUGCAGCUCCACAUAGCAAUCCUCCUACUGCACAGAUUAAAUACAGGUCCCAACGUGAGCCGGACAAACUUCUUGAGACUAUGGUUUAA